AGCGCGUGUUAUCGAGUGCAUUGCUGUUGAGAGAACCGCAUGGCGUAUGGAACGAUAACGAUUCUUAUGUUGAGGAUAAAUUAACACUGCUAUUUGAAACACGACUGCUAUUUGAAAAAAAAUAGUGUCUGUUGUUUUACAAAAAUCUAUUGAUUCAGUACCUACUCGUACUUCUACAUUUCAUCUUGAAGAUAAUUGCUGCGUAGACCUACAUUCAGAAAAGAGAUUCUCUCGCAUUUUUGGGCACGACGUAAAAAAUGGUGCUCUCUCGCGUCGUUGCCUCUCGCGGUUUGCGGCUCGGAAGCGGCUCCCGCGUCUUAUCCUCGGUAUUUACGCUUUGCGUUUGCUUUCGUUCUGAGCCUCAUUCGUUCUGGGCCUUCCAGUUCUGUUCAGCUCCUUUUUAUUCACGCUUCUCUUUACUUAGGUGGUAAAUUCUAGCUGCCACAACAGGUCCGUUCCUCUAUCUCGCAAUCACGUGGGAUUGCGAGUAGCGCUGCGCGCCUGCAGGCAGCGAAGGUGAGUCCUGCUGAAUUGACGAAAAUUCUCUCGGAGCGCAUUGAGAAAUUUUCAGAUGCUGCAAAUGUCGAGGAAGUUGGUCGUGUCCUCAACGUGGGAGACGGAAUCGCCCGUGUCUAUGGGUUGAGAAAUGUCAAGGCGGGUAAGCAUUUUGUCUUAUGAAUUUACGAUGAACUACAAAGUUCUCAUGAUCGUGUGAUCUCGAUAUGCAAAUGGCCAGCUAAUUUUUCUUAUUUUCAUAAAGUUAGCGUUGUAGAUUUCUUCGUGCACCAUUUCUUAGCACGAAGCCAAAGUAUUCGGGGCAACUAUCAGGCGCACUAGUUGCGGGUUCUGCUCGAAAAAGGAGAAAUACAAGAUCAACAGGCAACAACUUGAGCACAUCUUCUUGAUAGGAAAAGCAGAUCAAGGCACUUGCAAUGUGGGCGCAGGAGGAGGAUUCGACGAACUACAAGAACUUCUCUUUGGACGAGGAUAAUAGUUGCAGCUUCUGCGCUUACAACAAGUCUGCGGCAGGGCGAGUGGUAUCUAGAAUCACUUAAUCGCAAGGACAUCGCGCUUGCGGUUGCGACCGCAGGAAAAAAGGCACAGCUACGACUCGUUUUUUUGCCAUACCAAGAAUUUCAAUCUUUGGCCACAAGUGCAGGAACACUUCAUCAACUGGCUGGAACGUUUGAAUCCGCCAAGAAGCACAAUCGGAUCAAAAAACUUUUAACAUCACAAGAAUUUCCACCACGUUUUCCAGACCUCACCAACAGAUAGACGUAGAGCUUAACGCUGGCGCACCGAAUCGUGGCACAUCAACAUCCUUUAUUUCCGGCAACAAUAUCCGCUACAGCUCUUAUUCCUCGAUCCUGAAGAACAACAUCCGGGGUCUCGAACUUCAACAUCUUUUUUCCUCUCCACACCAAUGCGUGGCACCUCCUACAAAAAACAAUAUCCUCAACCUUCCGCCGGCAGAGCAAGACCUCCAAAAGAACUGUAAAGUACCUCAUCCUCAUCUACGUUUUUUACCUCCUACACGUGACGACCAAAAAUCAUUUCCACCUGACAACGACAAACAGGUGAGAUGGUUCAAUUUGCCUCAGGAAUUAAAGGCAUGGCUUUGAAUUUGGAGACGGAUAAUGUAGGUGUCGUCAUUUUCGGUGAUGAUAGAGGUAUUUCGGAGGGAGAUAGCUGUGCCAGAACGCAAGAAAUCGUGGAUGUACCUAUCGGACCGGAGUUGAUGGGACGUGUCAUCGAUCCGCUGGGUACCGCCGUUAUCUUUCUUUUCACUGGUCGUUCCUGUAAUAUUAUGGUGCCUGCUACUUGCACGUAGUACGGUUGUUACAACUGUAGAAAAGUUGUGGCUCGGGUGGUUGUGGCUCUUGGUUUUCUUUUUGCUAGGCGUAGUAGUAGUUCGCAUGAUCGACGCAAGGGAACCAUCGAUUGAUUGGAGUUGAUACAACAAGAGCCCUUCCAGGUAUCCCGAUCGAUGGAAAGGGACCGAUUAACGCAAAGAGUAGGAGACGUGUCGAAUUGAAGGCACCAGGCAUUCUUCCACGCCAAUCUGUGCACGAGCCAAUGAGCACAGGUACACAUCAGUAGUUAAGCAUAGGUUUUAGAAAAUUUAGAUUUUUCGACGAUUUUACAUUUACUUACUUAAUAGCUGUAAGGUGGACAAUCUACAGCGAAUAUCAACAUGCCGAGAUACUACGUAUAUCAGUGUAGUUUAUAGCACGCAUGGUGCAUGGAGUGCAUAGAGUAGCACGCAGCGCAUGGGGCGCAGAGCUUUAAGGGGCGCAAGAGGCUCCCCCUUUAGCUCCAUGUGAUCCAUGCACUCCAUGCCAUGCGAACUGUGCAACCUUAUAUAUUUCUCUGGUAUAUGCAGCUGCUCCUGUUGAAUACCUGACGGUAGAAGUUUCGCGCGAGUUUAUCCCACUAGUAUCUGGCCAUCCUGUCUCUUUCACCCUCUCUUUCAUCCUCUCUCUAUCAAAGGUAUCAAAGCCGUGGAUGCACUUAUUCCGAUUGGUCGUGGACAGCGUGAGUUGAUUAUUGGCGAUCGCCAGACAGGAAAGACAUCAAUCGCGUCUGACUGCAUUAUCAAUCAGAAAGAGGUAAACGCGGGACCAGACAAAAACAAGCACUUGAAAUGCAUCUACGUAGCAGUAGGACAGAAGAGGUACUUCCACUAUAGUUGUUAUGAUUUCUACUGGUGGUCACUACUUCGACAUAAACGUGUAUCAUGUGAAUUUGACUUGUAAUUCACUUACACUUAUUUCACGGUUUUUACUACACCAGCUAUUCUUUCAACAUCUCCUCACACUUCUAUUGAAACAUAAUUAUAGGUCAACCGUUGCCCAACUCUACCGGAUGCUGGAAAAAUAUGGGUGCUUGCACUACACGUGCAUCGUCGCGGCUACCGCUAGUGACGCAGCACCACUCCAGUAUCUGGCACCAUUUUCAGGAUGCGCUAUCGGAGAGUACUUUCGAGAUAAUGGCGAGCACGCAGUGAUCAUGUACGACGAUCUUUCAAAGCAGGCUGUUGCAUACCGUCAGAUGAGUCUGCUGCUCAGAAGGCCGCCAGGUAUAGGAUACUUGUUUUUGGUAUCCUACGUACUACAUCCAUGAUUUAUUACCCUGAUAGGUAUCUUCAUGAGGAACAACCAGCAGGAUCGUUUUUACCGCAAUAUUGGUUGCAGUACUAACCCUGAUAGCAGGCAUUAUGAGGAACCCGCAGGAUCGUUUUUACCGCAAUAUUGCAGUAGCAGAACAAAAUAGAUUAUCCUGUGCUCAAGGGGAACAACUUAUAACCAUUAAUAGAUUGCAGUAACAUCAGAACAAAAUACAUAGAUUAAAUCCUGUGCAAAAAUGUACCACCAGGUCGUGAGGCCUACCCCGGUGACGUUUUCUACCUCCAUUCGCGAUUGCUCGAGCGCGCAGCAAAGAUGAACGAGAAGACGCAUGGCGGUGGCAGUCUUACUUCUCUCCCAGUCAUCGAGACACAGGCAGGUGAUGUCUCAGCAUACAUCCCGACAAACGUGAUUUCUAUCACUGAUGGGCAGAUCUUCCUGCAAACAGAGCUGUUCCAUAAGGGUCAGCGACCAGCGGUCGAUGUUGGUCUUUCCGUGUCUCGAGUCGGAAAGGCAGCGCAGACCAAGGCGAUGAAGGAUGUUACAGGUAAUACAGUUACAGAUGAUGUACAAUAAUACAGAUGAUGAUGAUGAUGAAGUAAUACAGUUAGACAGGUAAUACAGUUACAGGUAACACAGCUACAGGUAACACAGUUACAGGUAACACAGUUACAGGUAAUACAGUUACAGGUAAUACAGUUACAGGUAAUACAGUUGAGUAUCACGAGGAUGAAGAUAGAUCAUUCUGAUUCAUCUCAUUGUGCGAUCUGCUGGCGCUUUUCCUCAUCACCUUGCAGUUCUGAAGAAAAGCUCCAAGAGCGAGUUGAACUUGGAGAGACGACGAAAGCAACAAGUUCAUACAGAACCUCGAAGAUACAACAUUCGCAACAACAAACGCACCGAACAACAUUAUAUUCCAGGUUCCAUGAAACUCGAGCUUGCUCAGUAUCGUGAGGUCGCAGCAUUUGCCCAGUUCGGAUCAGACUUGGAUGCUGCCACGCAACAACAGCUUCUUCGAGGCGGAGUCUUGAUGGAGUUGUUGAAGCAGAAGCUUUUUGUCCCCAUGCCGAUGCAAGAUAUGGUAAUUUGUGACUGGAGGUUUUUAACGCAGUUCCAUUUUCAUUUUAAUUUUUUUUUCUACACAUUCGCCUUGUGCGUUUUAUGAGCUUGUGAGAUGAGAGACGCUAGUGUUGGUGCUCACCUGUUCAACGUGCUCAACAAGAUCAGGAUCAUGGGGCUCCUUUCUACACCGUUUAUUUUCAUUAUGAUUGGUCUUCUUCUUCAUCAUCUUGUAGUGGUUCUUCUAGCAGAUAUCGUAAGUACCCACUAGCGAUUUCAGGUGUAGUCUUGAUAGCAUUGGAGAUUGUGGGCAAGACUGUGAGUGAGAGAUGAGGAGUCAGAAAAAUGUCGCGUGGAGAGGGUGACUGAAAAGUUCAAACUUAUAAACUUGAAGAUGUGGUGGAUAUCCCACAGAAACAAGGUAAAUAAAAUCAUACACCAUAAUAUCUCUCUCCACCUACUCGUCCCUCCUUUGUUCACAGGUCCUCACCCUCUUCUCUGGUUCCGCAGGAUACUUGGACAAGGUCCCAUUGAAGAAGAUUGGCGACUUCGAGAAAGCUUGGCUUGACUACAUGAAGGGAAGUCAUGGAUACAUCGUUGACGAAAUCAAGAAGAGUGGAAAGUUUAUGGCUAUAAUUGGGAGAUAAGAUGAUUCAUUCUCGUAUAACAACUAAGUGACGAGUGUACUAGUUAUAUUUGUUCUUCUGCUACUUGUUGCUAGUUCCGAAUGAGUUACCGUUAUACACAUUCACCUUCACGCUUUAUUGCCCAUGUAGGGGAGGGCAUAGAUGAACUGGAAAUGCUGAAGUUUGUUGACCUGAUUGAUCGAUGUGUACAAACUUCCUCUAAUCACAUCGGCAAGGAGACAGCAGACGCCGUUCACGCUGCUAUGAAGACCUUUUUGUCCGAGACCGACUUCGAAGUCAAGGCAGCGGCUUAAACCCAUGGACAGGAAGUUAUCCUGGUUCUUUUCAACUCGACCAGCGCUAGUAGGGUAAUGGCGGAUUAGGCCGCUCAGCGGAUUAGGCCGAUCAGUGCCACUCGGCUGUAACGUUUCAAUGAUACAACUGAGAAGCAGUAAAGUAGUAGUACAAGUGAGGGAGUCUACUUCAUCGAAGUUUUUUGUAGUGAAUCACUAUGAACUGGAAAGAGCAGUAGUAGUAGAUACAAAGAAAUACAUUUUUUGUGAUCAAUGACGAGGAGGAGGACCAUCUCCGCUACUAGAGCGUCGUCAUCGACGUGAUCAAUAUAUACUCCCUGACGGUAAUCUUGUUUCUUGUUUGAUGAUUUCUUAUAUACUUACAUUUCCCUCUUUUACUUAUUCUUACUGAUGAUACAACUUUCACGACACAGGCUUCGACCAUCUGAAGCUUUGUCUAUCGAACUUCAAGCAGUGUAUUUUUCUUUUCUAGUCUAUUUUACUUAGGAACAACACCAGUAAACAAGUCUACGUGUAUUUAUGCUGGGGGGCAAAGAACCUUUUUCAUUUUCCUAGCAUGUUCUGAUGUAAUUGCGAUCGAUGAAAUUAUUUCUUCUAGAAUGGUAGUAGCUCGGUAUGAACUUCUUGAGGUUGAGAGUGCAAAUAGAUCUGUAGUACUGUAUGGUCACUGGUUCAAUUGUGGGUUGGGAUUGGAAUUUCCAGGAUCUUCGCUUGUUUUGAAUGACAGAUUACAGAAUAAGUCCGAAAGUCAGACGCUAGUAGAAAAAAAGAAUCAAAAGCGUACAACACCUCCGUCUGCCCUGGCGUUCCGCGCGGAUCCGACUGGCUUAGUCGGCUGAUAUGUAGUUUUCGAUGAUCGGAUGGGAAGAUGGUCGACGUG